AUGUCUUUCUGUAAAAAAGAAAACGCGGGACCGUUCCCCGAGGGGAGGCCCGCGGUCAACAUCGCGCUCUUCCCAACCACGAGGGAGGGGGGAGCUGAUGGCACCGCGGGACCCCCGGAGGAUACCGGCGGCAUGCACCUGCGAGGUGUCGGGAGAAUCUCCCUCAAUCCCAAGUGUCAACCGACUUGCAACCUCGCGAUCGCGUCGUCGAAUGGGGGGCCACAGGAGGCCGACUAUGAAAUCACGAUCUACACGACCCCGGCGCUCGCCAGGGUGCAGCGGAUCAUGGGCUGACCUGCUCAUCGGAUGGCUGUUGGGAGAACCGUUACAGCGUUCUUCCGCGUUGUGCGAUUGAUCGGUUGCGGA